UAAUUCCUGUGGAGGCCAUCAUGGGCCAUCGUGGGAUUCCAAACCCGGACCAAUUGGCACUGACACAGGAAUACCAGGAUGCUGCAACACCUGUAGAGGAGGAGGAGGAGGAAGAGGAGUGGAGGCAGGUGCAGCCCACCACCGAGGUUAUACCAGUGGAUAUGCCUGCGGCCCUUAAUGACCAUUUAUAUGUGGCAUUUAUGGGCACCCCAAGACAGGCAUCAAGGCCCAGGCCCUCAACGACCCACCACCCCUAUGCCCGCCCAGCCAACCACACUCCCACCCGCCCAGCCAGCCACACUCCCACCCGCCCAGCCAGCCACACUCCCACCCGCCCAGCCAGCCACACUCCCACCCGCCCAGCCAGCCACACUCCCACCCGCCCAGCCAGCCACCGGAGAACUGCACAACAUCCUGCACAGGACAUUAACCUACUGGAGCAGAUGUUUGAAGUGCAGAAGACACUCCACACUUCGGUGGAGAGGAUGACCGACAGGCUGGAGCAAGCAAUUGCUCGCGCUGGUUCAGAGAUUGCAGCUGCUAUACGCCAAAGACCCAACUGUGCGGUGGACUUUCCCGAUGCCUUCACAUUGGGCGAGCCCACCAUCAGUGACGGGUGA